AUGGGCGUCCGCGAGCAAAACGAGCUCAUCGGUAGCGUACCCAAAAAGACCAAAGCCAUUGUUGUGCUCCCGCCGAACGCGCGGGACGACGGCGCGCGACUUUUUGCGGCCGUGGAGAAGCUCGCCGGCUCGCCCGCGGUAGGCUCAGCCAGCGUCACGGUAGACGCGUCGUUCUGGGCCAUGCGUGGCGAUUCGCCAAGCGACAUUCACAAUAUUGUGCGACGCCCGGCGUCCUUUACACGCGCGAGGCUCACGGGUAGCUGAUCUCCGAUUCUCUCGCAUGCGUUCAAUGUCCGUCCCUCACAGGUCAAGGGUGCGACGCGCGUGGCGACGUUGGCCGUUGCCUUCAUGUUGACCGGAUCGAACGUGACGGUCGUCAUCGAGAGCGAUACGCCGUACCAGCAGGACGCGACUGGGGCGGCGAUUCCGAUUGGGGCGCAUCAGCGCCGUGCAAACGAGCUCAUCGAGGACUCGUUGAGGCAGAUCCAGCUGCCGGAAGGUGAUGGCUACGGUCGCCUCGAGGUGGUGCGCGCAAUUGGAAUUCCGGCGGAGGCGGAAUGCGGGGCCAUCGUGGCGCGCGACGGUGGCUUCGCGUGCACGGGCGACAACGACGGUAUUUAUGCGAAGAUCGGGACGUUUCCGGUCCACGAGUGGCCGCCGCGAAUGCGGCCGCGCGUCGUCGUAAUCAACCGCGAUCGCGUGCUGGACCACUUCCACGUCGGCAUCAGCGCGUUCGCGUUCGCUCGGGCGCUCUGUCCUGUAAGUUUCAGGGCAGAUGGCUUCGUCAACAUUGUGCGAACGGUGUACGGCGAAGGACAGCGCAAACGUCUUAUUUCGACGAACCCGCCGCUUCCCGCCCUGCGCCCGAUCGUCGACGCGUUUGCGCAUUUGCAAGCGCGUGACGACCCCCAGGGGCCGUUUUGGCGCGAGUUCCAGCGCCGGAUCGCCGGAGGCGCCGUCGUGGAGGAGUUUGACACGCGUCCGGCGGGGUCGAACCUCCGACUGGCGCGGGAGUGCCGACUCCUCAACCUCCUCUUGGAGGUCAUCGCCGGCCUCCCCGCCGCGGAGCAGCUCGACCUCUGGCGUCGCGCGGAACGUGAACACACGCUCGCGCAGCGCCAGGUCUAA